UACCCGGAAGUUAAAGUUGUUGUUCUUUUUGUCCCUGACGAUAAGAAAUCGAGAAGAAUGUCGGAAGAUGAAGAUUAUAUGUCUGAUGCUUUUCUUAACUCCUUAGUGGACAUUCGGCCUGGAAUGCCAUUGGUGAAGCGUGCAAAGGAUACUCUAAGACAAGAGACUUUGCACAAAGAAAAAAGUAUUCUUAACCAGCAGAAAAGCUACAAGGAACAAGAAAAGAAAAGACGAGAUGCUGCUCUGCAGAGCUCUCUAAGCUGUGAAAAUAAAGGCUUUGCAUUGCUGCAGAAAAUGGGCUACGCUGCAGGACAAGGUCUUGGAAAAAAAGGUACUGGACGAGUUGAACCACUACCCAUCAACAUAAAAAAUGAUAGAGGGGGAAUUGGAAUGGAAAAACUAAGAAAAAAGAAGGCAGAAGAGAGGUUGAAAAAAUACAGAAAACAACUACAGGUGAAGCAGCAUAUGGAGAAGAGGUCUCUUGAGGAUUUCAGAGAGCGCAAAAGAAUUGAAAGAGAAAAGCAUGAAACGGAAGGAGACCUAAGGAAGAGUCAGUGGGCCUGUGAACAGCUGGACAGACAAAAGGGAAUCGUGCCAAGUCACAGUUGGUACUGGCCUGAAGUAAUAGGGAAUGAAGAAGCUCCCAAGAAUGAAUCCAACACUGAAGAGAUUAAAGACAAUACAGAAUUAACUUCAUUACUGAAGCUGCAGUCCAUCACUUCAUACCUGAAGAGAGUGCAUUUUUACUGCAUAUGGUGUGGGACAGCAUAUAGUGAUGAGGAGGAUCUGAACAGAAAUUGUCCAGGUGAUACAGCAUCAAACCAUAAUGAGUAAUGCAAGAACCAUGAAAAAAAGAUUGCCCCUGUUUUUAGAUUUUUUUGUUUGUUUGUUUGUUUCAUGUUAUUUUGUAUACAUAUAUUUAAUUCCCUUCUAACUUUUUGACAAUUACAUCAUGUUUUUGGUUGGGUAACUUGGGUACUGUAUGUUUUAUUUUUAAAUGCCCUUCUGAAGUUGUUUUAGGCUUGUAAUUUUUGGUUAUUUUACAUACUUUAAUUAAAAUGUCUACUUAAUAUA